AUGCUGAAGUGUAAAAUAAAUUUACUAUUGAUUAUUUGGUCACUUAUUAAUAUUAUUUUAUGCGGCGAGUUAACUAAAAUUUCGCAACAACCAUCCAACGUCCUUGAAGAUUUCUUUGGGUAUCGUCAUAUUUCUAUUAUUCACUUCACUAUUCCGGAAAAUGUUAUCAAAGCUAUCUUCAAGUUCACUGCUAAAGAAGCUAAGACUGGAGGAUUGGGUAAUUGUUCGCCGCGAGAUGUUUCAAUUUACUUAAAGUCCGGAAGUAUUCCAUUAGUUCAUCCGGACGGCUCUAAAAUUAGUGCAGAGUUGUUGAAAAACCGAAGAUCAUUUUAUGAGCUUAAUUUGACAAGCGCUGGCGAUCAAUAUGAAAUUUCUGCAACGUCCCCGGCUUCGGGUGACUGGUAUGCUAUUGCAUUUAGAUCGUGGACCGAUCCUGACUCUGAAAAAAUUACUCAGCAAGGUAUUGGAACAGCAUGCGAUACAGUUCUGGAUGCUGAAUUAUUUGUAGAACGAGUUGAGCAGUCGUUAUUUGCAAAGAAAAACGAUGACGAUACAGUAACAUUAAAUGAUAAUUCAUUGGACACUGCUAUUAUUCAAUUUUUUGUACCUGAAGAUCAACAAAUAGUAAAUAUUUCGUUGAUUUCAUCAUGUGAAGAGUGUAAAGUCGCUGCUAAUGUUAUCACGAAGGAAACUUUAACCGGUGCAUUGAUUAAUCAGUCUGAAACGACUCUAGUUUUUAAGCCUUAUGUUAAUUCUUUACAUUACUUGACUCUUCGUCUUUUGUCGGGUAAUGCAACUAACAUUUCAAUCGCAUUACCACUGGACGACUUAUCACUAAGCGACAAUGCUUAUGACAUCAACGAUGACGUUGUGGCUGUGAAUAAAGUACCGCUGACAAGAAAAUCUCUUCCAGAUUUUUUUUUAUUUGAUUAUGAGCAUUUAUUAGGUAAUUCUAGUAAACCUUCACCCGUUAAUAUUACGGUUGACAAGCUAACAGUAUUAAGUUACCAAGUAGCACCAGUUUAUGAUGUCGGUGGUACUGUUUCUAUUGCCGCCGAUUUGUGGUCAAACAAUAUAAAACCAACAAUUAUUCACAUUCCAUACCCAGAACCCGGCACUUGGCAUCUAAGUAUGAAAGCUUUUUACGUAGAACCUAAGUGCAAUUGUUCUGAAGAAUGUCGUACAACUGGCUGUAAAUUAUGCAGCUGCAUGAAUGAAACGAUGACGAAAGUAGAAACCAAUAUAGCUUCAUCACCGUGCAUCGAGGGACAUUGCAAUUCAAAUGGUCGGUGUCUUCAUUACAUGAACGGUGGAUCUGUAUUCUCAGCAUGUUAUUGCAAUGGUGGAUACCGCGGAUUCGAUUGCGCGGAUGACACUUACGUUUUAACUGGUGGAAGUAUUCUUGUGCGCUUAUUGCUUCUUACAUUGAGUAAUUUAGCAUUUUUAGCAUCAAGUUAUGUAGCGUUUCGUCGAGAAUACUACACGGAAGCUGUCGUCUACGUCUCGGUGAUGUUCUUCUCAACAUUUUAUCACGCUUGCGAAGCCGGGGAAAAUAUUAUGAGUUUCUGUAUCGCGAAGCUCAGUGUACUGCAGUUUUGCGACUUUUACAACGCUCUUUUGUCAAUUUGGGUGACUCUGGUAGCGAUGGCGUCAUUUGGACCGAGGCUCACGGCUUUCUGUCAAAUUAGUGGAGCUAUUAUUCUUGCUCUGGGUGCUGAGUUAGAUCGUACAGCUCUCUGGGUCUUUCUGCUGCCUGCUAUCACUGGCUCCAUUUUAAUCGGAGUGUCUUGGGGCUUACGUUGUCGAAGACAACGAAACUUUGGAUACCCCGUAUCAAGAUACCGCAAUGUUUAUCUUCCAACUGGACUUGGUCUCGUUUCUGUCGGCUUAAUUUGCUACGCAUUUCUUCAGACGCGUCGGAAUUACCAUAUUAUUCACAGUUUUUGGCAUGUUUGCAUCGCAUUGAGUGUGGUUUUACUUCUUCCUAAGCGUAAACAUAUGAAAUAG